AUAGACUCACCCGUCUUAAAACUUCCUAAGUAGGAUCGCUUGCCCAGUUCUGCUACCUUAUAUUCUUUAUAUAUUCACCCGUUCCUGCACCUUCUUCUCACCUUCGCUUCACCAUCUCUCUCUCUCUCUCCCUAACAGAUAGAAGAACCAAACGCAGCUCCAUAAGCCAUACCAAGCAGAACGUCCAUGGCCAUGGCUGGUCCAACCAAGCCCACCUCUUCUCACCUGAAAAUCACCCUUCUUCACACAUGGCUCCUCAUCUUCCUCCUCUGCUUCAUCUCUUAUCUCGUCGGCACAUGGCGAAACGUCCCCGUCUCUAUUACGGCCGUUACCAAGCCCUGCGUGUCCCCAUCGCUCGACUUCAACCCCCACCAUGCCCGAGACGACGGCACAUCAUCGGGUGAGAAGGUCGAGACCUACCCGCCAUGCGGCGUCGAGCUCAGCGAGUACACCCCGUGUGAGGACCCCAAGAGGUCUCACCGGUUCGACCGGAGGAGGCUGAUAUUCCGAGAGCGGCAUUGCCCCGAGCGCAACGAGACGCUCAAGUGCCGGGUCCCGGCCCCGCCUGGAUACCGGAAUCCGUUCGGGUGGCCCGCGAGCCGGGACAUGGCAUGGUACGCCAACGUGCCGCACAAGGAGCUCACGGUGGAGAAGGCGGUCCAGAACUGGAUCCAGUUCGAGGGCGACCGGUUCCGGUUCCCCGGGGGCGGGACCAUGUUCCCCCAUGGCGCGGACGCAUACAUCGACGACAUCGGGAAGUUGAUCGAUCUUAGGAACGGGUCCAUACGGACCGCCAUCGAUACCGGUUGCGGGGUUGCUAGUUGGGGGGCUUAUCUUCUGUCUCGAGGCAUCCUAGCGAUGUCGUUCGCUCCGAGGGACACGCACGAAGCUCAAGUCCAGUUCGCCCUCGAGCGAGGAGUGCCCGCACAGAUCGGGGUCCUUGCAUCUAAGCGCCUUCCCUAUCCGUCCCGAGCGUUUGACAUGGCUCAUUGCUCUCGCUGCCUCAUUCCGUGGGACCUAUUCGAUGGAAUAUACCUUAUUGAAGUGGAUAGAGUUCUACGGCCCGGCGGAUACUGGGUACUGUCCGGCCCGCCGAUCAAUUGGAAGACACACUGGAGAGGUUGGCAGAGAACAAAGGAAGAUUUGAGUGCUGAGCAGACCAGAAUUGAGAAUGUAGCAAAAAGUCUUUGCUGGACAAAGUUGGUGGAGAAGGGUGACAUUGCAAUAUGGCAAAAGCCUAUCAAUCAUUUGCAUUGCAAGGUCAAUAGAGAAGUCGCCCAGAUCCCACCUCUGUGCCCGUCUCAGGAUCCAGACAAGGCCUGGUAUACGAGCAUGGAAACGUGUUUGACUCCAUUACCCAAAGUUACGGACGACGGGGCGAUUUCAGGGGGCGAAUUGGCUAACUGGCCUGAGAGGUUGAAUGCGAUUCCACCGAGGAUUGGCAAGGGAAUGCUACCGGGCAUCACGGCCGAGAUUUUCCUAAGGGAGACGGCAUUGUGGGAGAGGAGGGUGUCGUAUUACAAGACCGUGAACAACCAGCUAGGACUUGCAGGGAGGUACCGCAACUUGCUAGACAUGAACGCCUACUUGGGCGGGUUCGCGGCCGUACUCGUCCAAGACCCCGUUUGGGUCAUGAACGUGGUUCCUGUGGAAGCCAAGGUCAACACUCUCGGAGCUAUCUAUGAACGAGGACUAAUUGGAACCUACCAUAGCUGGUGCGAAGCGAUGUCCACAUAUCCGAGAACGUACGACCUCAUUCACGCCAAUUCCCUGUUUACCCUCUAUCAGGACAGGUGUGAAUUGGAGGACAUAUUGCUUGAGAUGGACAGAGUUCUGAGGCCAGAAGGGAGCUUCAUACUGCGAGACGAUGUGGAUGUGCUGGUGAAGGUGAAGAGGAUCAUCGAUUCGAUGAACUACGACAGUCAAAUCGUCGACCAUGAAGAUGGACCGCUCGUGAGAGAGAAGCUUUUGUUUGCCGUCAAGUCUUAUUGGACAGCUUCUGCUCCCUCCGAUGAUCCGCCCACAUCCUAAACAUCACCAUAGAUAAAUUUCUCCCGCAUCUCUCUCGACAGUUUUGUUUAUCUCAAUUCUAAACUCGUAAAAUUCGACUCAUUCUAGUUUCAACCGGACUCGGUUGUACGAUUACUUCACUAGUCCUUUUUUACUUAUUGUUUAACAUUUCUAUCAUUAUCAGAUACUACCUUGAAUGUAAUGUACAUAAUCAAUAGGAUUUAUCAGAUAAGCUUUCUCUCUCCCA